AAUCUCGGUAAAUCAAGACAGUUUGAUCAAUUCUCUCCGCCUGGCUGCAGAGACCUCCGCCUUAUCAUCUUUACGGGGAAACAAGGCUUCACAAGUCAUUGGUCACGCUUCGAGCUCCAGCCGGCGGAGGACACCAUUAGAAUGGGCCUUUUUCGCCAGAGUGGACUUUACGACAGUUUCCCCGCUUGCGCAUUCUGAUAGAAAAACAACACGUUUGACGUCCGCUAGCUUAAUCGUUAGUGGUUGCCGCUGCCCUAUGGUCUUGACGCUUCUGGAGUGACAGUCUUUGAAGGAGGGAGGGCACACGACACAACUUACUUGGAGACAGUCCUGCACGGCAAAAAUGUCCGGAGCAUCAGUGAAAGUCGCUGUUCGAGUUCGACCCUUCAACUCCAGGGAGACGAGCAAGGAUUCGAAAUGUAUCAUUCAAAUGCAAGGCAACACUACAACUAUUCUCAACCCCAAAGCCCCAAAAGAACCAGCAAAGACCUUCAGUUUUGAUUACUCCUACUGGUCCCACACGACGCCGGAAGACCCCUGCUUUGCCGCACAGAACCAAGUGUACAAUGACAUUGGCAAGGAAAUGCUGCAGCAUGCCUUUGAAGGCUACAAUGUGUGCAUUUUUGCCUACGGCCAGACUGGGGCUGGCAAAUCCUACACCAUGAUGGGCAAGCAGGAGGAGGGCCAGGAAGGAAUCAUUCCCAUGCUCUGUGAAGAUCUAUUUGAGAAAAUCAAUGAGGAUAACAACAAAGAGGAGCUCUCCUAUUCAGUAGAGGUCAGUUACAUGGAGAUCUACUGCGAGCGGGUGCGGGAUCUGCUCAAUCCCAAAAACAAAGGGAAUCUCCGAGUGAGAGAGCAUCCACUUUUGGGCCCCUACGUAGAGGACCUCUCCAAGCUUGCUGUUACUUCUUAUACCGACAUCGCUGACCUCAUGGAUGCGGGCAAUAAGGCCAGAACUGUGGCAGCUACCAACAUGAAUGAGACCAGCAGCAGGUCCCAUGCAGUGUUCACCAUUGUCUUCACACAACGAAAACACGACAGCGAGACAGACCUUUCCACUGAAAAGGUCAGUAAAAUUAGUCUUGUGGACUUGGCAGGAAGUGAAAGAGCAGAUUCCACUGGAGCUAAGGGGACCAGGCUGAAGGAGGGCGCAAACAUCAACAAGUCCCUAACCACGUUAGGAAAGGUCAUCUCUGCCCUGGCUGAAGUCGAUAACUGUACCAACAAGAGCAAGAAGAAGAAGAAGUCAGACUUCAUCCCAUACAGAGACUCUGUUUUGACAUGGCUCUUGAGGGAAAAUCUUGGUGGAAACUCUAGAACUGCAAUGGUUGCCGCCCUCAGUCCUGCUGAUAUCAAUUAUGAUGAAACUCUGAGCACACUGCGCUACGCUGAUCGAGCAAAGAAUAUCAAAUGCAAUGCUGUCAUCAAUGAGGAUCCCAACAAUAAGCUGGUGCGUGACCUUAAGGAUGAAGUGGCUCGACUGAAAGAACUACUGCGUGCACAAGGACUGGGAGACAUCCUGGACAUUGAUCCUCUGGGGGAUGAUUGCCCAGGAAGUGGAAUCAAAUACCUCAAAGACAUUCAGAACAAUAAGAAUAGAUACUUGAUAGCCUCAGAGAACCAACGCCCUGGCCAUUUCUCCACAGCACCUAUUGGUUCCCUGACAGCCUCACCGUCCUCUGGCUCACUGUGCAGCCAGGGGGCUCUGCAGUCGGCCACCAGCAUCCAAGAGCGCAUCAUGUCCACACCUGGUGGAGAAGAAGCUAUUGAAAGGCUCAAGGAAUCUGAAAAGAUCAUUGCAGAGCUCAAUGAAACCUGGGAAGAGAAGCUGCGAAAGACCGAAGCAAUCCGCAUGGAGAGAGAGGCAUUACUUGCGGAAAUGGGCGUAGCAAUCCGCGAAGAUGGCGGCACUUUGGGCGUGUUCUCUCCUAAAAAGACUCCUCACCUGGUUAACCUAAACGAGGAUCCCCUCAUGUCUGAGUGUCUACUCUACUACAUAAAAGAUGGAAUUACAAGGGUGGGACAGGCUGAUACUGAAAGACGGCAGGAUAUCGUCUUAAGUGGUGCUCAUAUCAAGGAGGAGCACUGUAUAUUCCGUAGUGAGAAGGAUGCUAAUGGAGAUGUUAUCGUCAUGCUUGUGCGUGAGGGAUCAGAGACUUACGUCAACGGCAAACGUGUUGAGGACUUUAUUCAGCUGCGUUCUGGUAUGCAACCGUACAUUAUGGGAAAGAACCACGUGUUUCGCUUUAACCACCCGGAGCAAGCCAGGGCGGAAAGGAGAAAACGCCGUCGGCCGGAGACCCCUGUGGAGCCAGUCGACUGGACCUUCGCUCAAAGAGAGUUGCUAGAGAAACAGGGUAUUGACAUGAAGCGAGAUGGAGAAAAGAGGCUCACUGAGAUGGAAAUCCUUUACAAAAAAGAAGAAGAAGCCGACCAACUUCUUGAGCAGCAAAGACUGGUAUAUGAGAGCAAACUACAGGAACUUCAGAAACAGGUUGAGACACGUUCUCUGGUUGCCGAAACGCCAGAUGAAGAGGAGCUGGAGGAGGAGGAGGAGGAGGAAGAGGAAGUGCCGUGGACUCAGCACGAGUUCAACCUGGCUCAUUGGGCCUUCAGGAAGUGGAGGUUCCACCAGUUCACAUCGCUCCGUGACCAGUUGUGGGGGAAUGCCGUCUACCUGAAGGAGGCCAAUGCCAUCAGUGUGGAGCUAAAGAAGAAAGUCCAGUUCCAGUUUGUUUUAUUGACAGACACCCUGUAUUCGCCCCUGCCCCCGGAGCUCUUGCCACCAGAACCAGAAAAAGAGCGUGACUCCAGGCCUUUCCCUCGCACGGUGGUGGCCGUUGAAAUCCAAGACCUGAAGAAUGGAGCCACGCACUAUUGGUCCCUUGAGAAACUCAAGCAGCGUCUGGACCAGAUGAGGGAGAUGUAUGACCGAGCAGGAGAAAUGGCGUCCACGCACCAGGAGGACUGUGGGGAAGGCACUCUGACGGGAACCGACCCUUUCUAUGAUCGCUUCCAUUGGUUUAAGCUUGUGGGAAGCUCCCCCAUCUUCCACGGUUGCGUAAAUGAGCAUCUGACCGAACGCACGCCCUCGCCCACCUUCUCCACCACCGACUCUGAAAUCACUGAGUUGGCGGAUGAGCGCCAGAGCGAGAUGUCCGACUUGAUCGACGACGAGGCGUUCGUCGACGACACCAGCUCAGACGCCGGCACGGAGGAGGGCUCGGAUAUCUUCAGCGACGGCCAGGACCCCUUCUAUGACCGCUCCCCCUGGUUCAUCCUGGUGGGAAGAGCUUUCGUGUACCUGAGCAACCUGCUCUACCCCGUACCACUGGUUCAUCGCGUUGCCAUAGUAACAGAGAAAGGAGACGUGCGAGGUUUCCUGCGUGUCGGGGUUCAGGCCAUAGCCGCUGAUGAGGAGGCCCCAGACUACGGUUCUGGAGUAAGACAGUCGGGAACUGCCAAGAUAUCCUUUGAUGACGACUACUUCAAAAAGAAUGAUUUCCCAGCCACAGUUAUGAUCCAAUCUGGUUUGUCCCUGGAAGAGCUGCGCAUAGUGGAGGGCCAGGGUCAGAGUUCAGAGGUCAUCACCCCUUUAGAGGAGCUCAACAGAAUCGACGACAUAAUGACUCCAAACACAAACCGUGGCCCUCCUCUUUCAGACCAAGAGCCCAAGCUGCCUUGUGGUGACAGUCCACCAGGCCAGUUGGAGAUAGGGAGCACCUUCACCUUUCGUGUCACCGUGCUCCAGACCACUAGUGUCCCACCAGAGUAUGCUGAUAUCUUCUGCCAGUUCAAUUUCCUGCAUCGUCACGAUGAAGCUUUUUCCACCGAGCCCUUAAAAAACACUGGCAAAGGUGCUCCUCUGGGUUUUUAUCAUGUCCAAAAUAUUUCAGUUGAAGUGACACAGUCCUUCAUUGACUAUGUCAAGACCAAGCCCAUCGUGUUUGAGGUGUUCGGCCACUACCAACAGCACCCGCUGCAUCUCCAUGGCCAGGAGCUGAUCAGUCCUCCAACACCAUCCAGGAAAUACUAUCCGAUUCCGAUGCCAUUGUCUAAACCCGUACCAGCCACCAAGUUGAACACAAUCACCAAGUCCAACCUGGGUCAGUGUGUCAGCAAAUACGACCUACUCGUCUGGUUUGAGAUCAGCGAGCUGGAGCCCACGGGAGAGUACAUCCCAGCUAUAGUGGAUCACAGUGGAGCGCUGCCUUGCCAUGGCACAUACCUGCUGCACCAGGGAAUCCAGCGGCGGAUCACUGUGACACUAAUCCAUGAGAAGGGUAGCGAGCUGCACUGGAAAGAUGUUCGCGAGCUGGUUGUUGGUCGUAUUAGGAACAAGGCUGAAGUGGAUGAUGGCGCUGCUGAUGCCGUCUUGUCCCUGAACAUCAUCUCUGCUAAGAACAUCAAAUCUUCCCACAACUCUAACAGGACCUUCUACCGCUUCGAGGCAGUUUGGGACAGCUCCCUGCACAACUCGCUCCUGCUAAACCGGGUCACUCCUUAUGGAGAGAAGAUCUACAUGACUCUGUCGGCAUAUUUGGAGCUUGACCAUUGCAUCCAGCCUGCUAUUAUCACUAAAGACAUCUGUAUGGUCUUUUACUCUCGAGAUGCAAAGAUUUCACCUCCCCGUUCCCUCAGGAACCUCUUUGGGAGUGGGUACUCUAAAACCCCAGACUGCAACCGUGUUACCGGGAUCUAUGAGUUGAGUUUGUGCAAGAUGUCCGAUUCUGGAAGUCCAGGCAUGCAACGCCGGAGGAGGAAGGUCUUGGACACAUCGGUGGCAUAUGUGCGUGGCGAGGAAAACCUGGCAGGUUGGAGGCCCAGAGGAGACAGUCUCAUCCUGGAGCACCAAUGGGAGCUGGAGAAAAUGGAGCAGCUGCAUGAGGUGGAGAAGACCCGCCACCUCCUCCUACUGCGAGACAAACUGGGAGAAUCGGUUCCCGUGGGAUCGGCGCCAACCACCAAGUCCCUGAGCGAGUUGCUGUCUCCAAGCAUGAGCUCGGGCUCCCUGUCCACUUCCACCUCCAUCUCCUCGCAGAUCUCCAGUACCACUUUUGAGAGCGCCAUCACACCCAGUGAGAGCAGUGGCUACGACUCCGCUGACAUCGAGAGCUUGGUUGAUCGUGAAAAGGAGCUGGCCACUAAGUGCCUCCGUCUCCUGACUCAUACAUUCAACAGCGAAUACAACCAGUUGGUGAACAGCAUCAGCGACUGCAAGCUCUCUGACAUCUCGCCGAUGGGACGUGACAUGUCGGUGACCAGCUUCAGCAGCGCCACGCUCACCCCCUCCUCCACCUGCCCUUCCCUCUCAGACUCCCGCUGUGGCUCUGUAGAGCAGAAGACUCCAGAGAACUGUUCCCGUGCAUCCAGCCCAUCCUGCUCAGAUUAUGAAAACUUCCCCAUGGUUCCCACCUUGGAGGCAUCCUACCUCGCACGUGCGGGGAAGAACGAAUUCCUCAACUUGGUGCCUGAUAUUGAAGAAAUGAGGCCGGGAUCUGUCGUGUCCAAGAAGGGUUUCCUGAGCUUCAUGGAGCCUCGCUCCAACUCGUGGGUGAAGCACUUUGUGGUAGUGCGCCGGCCUUACGUCUUUAUCUACAACAGCGACAAGGACCCUGUGGAGCGGGGGGUGCUUAACCUUUCUACUGCACAAGUGGAAUACAGUGAAGACCAGCAGGCCAUGCUCAAGACACCCAACACAUUUGCUGUGUGCACAAAGCACAGAGGAAUCCUUCUGCAGGCCAACAAUGAGAAAGACAUGAACGACUGGCUGUACGCCUUUAACCCUCUGCUUGCGGGGACGAUAAGGUCCAAGCUGGCGAGGAGGCGUAGUGGCCUCAUCAAGAACUGAAGUGGAUACCACGAGCUCCAUUAUUUCUAAACGCCUUUGAACAUACCGAGUGUUAAUAUCUAUUAAUCAAUUGUGUGAUUCUUGACAGUUUUCUCUUGUAAGUAGACUUGUGGCUUAACGUCUCCUUUCUUGCGAUUUCUGUCUCCCUUCCUCCUCAGCUUUUUACGUUUUGGUUUAUUCACGACAAAGUCUCAUUUCGCACUGCUUCGCUGUCAUUCGAGUCUCUAACCAGUAGCAUGUCGUGAUAGUCUACCCGUGUGCACGAUCCUGCCGAAAAAGUUUUUCUGGCCACUCAUUUUCUGUUUGCCAAUCACCUCUGAUAAUGUCUCCCCUUGUGACUUGUCACCAAGUUUUUAUUCAGUUUUUUUUAUGCAUGAUAACUGCAGCAGUCCUCAGGAGAACACCCAAAUUGCUUACUGAAACACCAACAAAAAAAUGGGAUUAAAUCAUGAAGGGAAAAUACAUGUCUCAAAGGGAUGCGUCUGCUCCGCGCAAAGCAACACAUGUUGAAGAACAAUUGCUGCUAAUGUAGUCUUUUUCAUAAGAGUUACUUCAGGUUUCUGCCUCGUCCUAAGACGCCAGGCCCCCCUCCUGCUCCCAAAUGGCCUUUAGAAACCAAACAGCGUGUUUAGGAUCUCACUUAGUGACACGGCGAUGGACCUUCUCCAUGCUUUAGCCUGAUUGUGUGUACAUAGUUAUCCUGCCGUAGGGCAUCUCUUUGUGAAUGGGUACUUAUUCGAGAUUAUGGCUUUCACAUGAGCAGGACAUACAGGAAGCUCAUCUUUGGAUGUUUGAACGUGUACUUCAGGCGUGGGAAGCCAAUCUCAUGCACCGUGCAUGAGCGCACCCCCCCACCCCCGUGCUAUUCUAAACACAGGCAAAACCUCUGGAACUGGCUCAUAAUGAUACACAAAAAUAUUUUCACUCGAAAUGGUUCCCCACUCCUGAUACACCCGAACAAACUGGAGCCUUUUUUUUUUUUUUAAAGCACUCCGCAUGCUUCCCAUGGUUGUCAAAUGAAGGAAGGGGCAGCGUUUCAUGGAUGAACCGGCGUGCAUACUGCUUGCGUUGAACAUCCACUCAAUGUCAAUGUGUCAACACCAUGUGUUUUAUUCCUUUUUGCUUCACAAUCUGGAAUUUGCUCUUUUUUUGUUGCUACUAACCUGUUUUGUAUUAUGGCUAUCACAAUUUAAUAAGGAUUUUUUUUUCUAUCAAAUGUGACCGGGCAUUUGUUUCUAUUUGUGAGCCAGCUGCGUUAGUGUUUUAACCUUAUUUUUGUGUACACUACAGCAAGACAAGGGCCGAAAUGCACAUAUCAAGGUUACACUGGAUGGCUGUUACACAAACGGGUUAUUAGAAAGAAGAUAUUCAAGGGACAAAAUACACAAAUACUUUUACUCGUGCUAUUGUUGGAGAAUAGUUGCUCUAUGCGUUCUUGGCUCCAUUGAGCUCCCGCUCAACUCAUUUUGGCGCCUCAGUUGUGACAUGUGAGCAUGAUGUGAUUGAUAUAGAUGGGUGAUUUUAAACUCUGGCCAGCCAACCAGCAGUUUCGCCUUGUAUAAUGUGACUACAUUUACAUAAAGUGAAGGUGAACAGAGGCGCCAAAACGGCUUUUAUUUUUUUCCCCAAUAGACUGACGCAAUUUCAAACGUCAUCAGCAACAUUUUUUCUUCAGGUCAGACAGCCUGCUGGUUGACAAAUUGAAUCUGAUGACUUUUGAGAUUUCUUUUUUUGUUAUUAUUCUCUUUCAUUUUUUGGGGAGAUGUUUUGCAUUCCUUAUAUUAUUUGCCAGAGCAUAUAUUUUCCAUCCGUGGAGCGAAUUUGUAGCGUUCUCAUACUUUGGAGUGUCUAUUUAUUGUUUGCAAUGUACAUAUUAGUUUGCAGUUCUUUGCACAUUCUAACAAAAAAACAUUCAACUAACUGAUCAAAAUCUGCACGGUUUAGUUGCUCUUGAACCAAAUGAUGUGGCAUGGCAGAGGAAUGUUCUGUGAAGAUGUUUGUAUUUCUAGAGUAUUUGUAAGGGGGGGGAAAAGAAACCAAAUGAAGUUCAUAGUUUCCUAUUGGAGACAGUUGGUUGCAUUGAUGCUCCCUUUUUUCCCAUUAGAAAGGGAUUCCAGUA